AUGCCUCAGUUAACGGUGGCAACCAUCCUGCAGCUCACCCUACUGCUCUCAGCGCUACCAGCCCAGUACCUCAUCUCCCAGUGGACCGGCGCGUCCGUGGCGCAGCGCUACCAUGCCACCAAACGGUAACGGUCCGCUCAGACCCCCUGCGCCUAAUGGCAUGGCACUCAUUCAUCUGCACGCACGCACACAUGCCUCUACACCUCACCAUUCUGAGAGCCAACACCUCUCCAACUCUAGCAACAAACAUGGCACAGCAUAUGAGAGCUUUUCUUUUUACCUUUAUUCUCCUAAUAUUACAUGUGAAAUAUCUGACUGCAUGUUGUGGGGUCAGGGGUUACGGUUAAUAAUGUGUCUGGGUAUCUGCGGUCAGGGGUUAGAGGUUAUGGUUAUUAUAAUGUAUGUCUGUCUCUACCAGGUUGGACUCUAGGGUGAGUUGAAUAACUCCUGAGUGGCGCAGUGGUCUAAGGCACUGCAUCGCAGUGCUAACUGUGCCACUAGAGAUCCUGGUUCGAAUCCAGGCUCUGUCGCAGCCGGCCGCGACCGGGAGACUCAUGGGCGUCGCACAAUUGGUCCAGGGUAGGGGAGGGAAUGGCCGGCAGGGAUGUAGCUCAGUUGAUAGAGCAUGGCGUUUGCAACGCCAGGGUUGUGGGUUCGAUUCCCACGGGGGGCCAGUAUAAAAAAAAAUAUGUAUUCACUAACUGUAAGUCGCUCUGGAUAAGAGCGUCUGCUAAAUGACUAAAAAUGUUUUAAAAAAUAAGUCCUACCUGAACAACACCAUCUGGACAGAGUUAGGCCUGGGCUAGGGUUAGGGGUAAGAUGGGACAGAGUUAGGCCUGGGCCUGGGUUAGGGGUAAGAUGUUAGGGUUAUUAAUGUCUCUGUCUCGACCAGGUUGAACAACACCAUCUGGACAGAGUUAGGCCUGGGCUAGGGUUAGGGUAAGAGGUUAGGGUUAUUACACCAUCUGGACAGAGUUAGGCCUGGGCUAGGGUUAGGGGUAAGAGGUUAGGGUUAUUACACCAUCUGGACAGAGUUAGGCCUGGGCUAGGGUUAGGGUAAGAGGUUAGGGUUAUUACACCAUCUGGACAGAGUUAGGCCUGGGCUAGGGUUAGGGUAAGAUGUUAGGGUUAUUACACCAUCUGGACAGAGUUAGGCCUGGGCUAGGGUAAGAGGUUAGGGUUAUUAAUGUCUCUGUCUCGACCAGGUUGAACAACACCAUCUGGACAGAGUUAGGCCUGGGCUAGGGUUAGGGUAAGAGGUUAGGGUUAUUACACCAUCUGGACAGAGUUAGGCCUGGGCUAGGGUUAGGGGUAAGAGGUUAGGGUUAUUACACCAUCUGGACAGAGUUAGGCCUGGGCUAGGGUUAGGGGUAAGAGGUUAGGGUUAUUACACCAUCUGGACAGAGUUAGGCCUGGGCUAGGGUUAGGGGUAAGAGGUUAGGGUUAUUACACCAUCUGGACAGAGUUAGGCCUGGGCUAGGGUUAGGGGUAAGAGGUUAGGGUUAUUACACCAUCUGGACAGAGUUAGGCCUGGGCUAGGGUUAGGGGUAAGAGGUUAGGGUUAUUACACCAUCUGGACAGAGUUAGGCCUGGGCUAGGGUUAGGGGUAAGAUGUUAGGGUUAUUAAUGUCUCUGUCUCGACCAGGUUGAACAACACCAUCUGGACAGAGUUAGGCCUGGGCUAGGGUUAGGGGUAAGAGGUUAGGGUUAUUACACCAUCUGGACAGAGUUAGGCCUGGGCUAGGGUUAGGGGUAAGAUGUUAGGGUUAUUAAUGUCUCUGUCUCGACCAGGUUGUUGGGUAUAUGGGGUGAGUGGAGGAAGUCCUACCUGAACACCACUGUCUGGACAGAGUGGAUCACAGACCUUAUGGAUACAAUCACGUACGUCACAUUUACCUCUAGUAAUUGUACAGCAUUACUCCUUAUAGCAGAGGUGUCAAACUCAAUCCUGGAGGGCUGUGUCUGUGGGUUUUCACUGCUCCCUUGUACUUUUGUGAUCAAUUAAAGUAAUUGAUUUGUUAGGACCUCCCCUCACCUGGUUGACUAGGUCUUAAUUGGACACAAAUGGAAAGGAAAUAACAGAAACCAGCAGACACUUGGCGGUCCAGAAAUGGAGUUUGACCCCCCUGCUGUAGGGGAGAGUGGGGUAUGUUGAGCCACCCUUGUUUCUACGUGGUAAGUUGUGCCAAGAGACCACUUUUUUUUGGGACAAGCUAUGUUUUUAAACUGUAAUGUUUAUAUUAAUUCAGAUUAUUUCCAGGGAUACACAGCAUCCUGAAAUAUACUGUAUGUAGAUAUCUUUGUUAGAAAGAAUAUGAUAUUUCCCUUGAUGGAGUGAUGCUACAGUUACCCCACUCUCAUGUUAUAUUAUACACACCACCUUAUAGUAUCCACUACCUGCAGACCAACCCAGGCCCGACAGGCCAUUUUGGAUGCAGCCAUGGUGACUUUGUCUGUCUCUCCCAGGGUGCUGGUGGGAGGAGGAGGAGAGGAGGGAGAGAUUCCUGGAGAGUCUCCUGCUCUGGAGGUCAUGUUGCAAGACAACGACCUGGGCUUCUUUGGAGGUGUGUGUGUUUGUUCUUGGUGUUUUAGAGGAAUGUCAGUCAGGAAUUAAGGGGAGAAACCCUGCAGAACCAGUCUGGGUUUACCUGUUACUGGCCUGGUCUGAUUGGUAUGAACCUCUCCUUCUCUCUCCUCUUCCUCUCCUCUCUUUCUCUCUCCUCUUCCUCUCCUCCUCCUAUUUUACCACAACCUCUCUUUAUCCCCCAGCUUCCCGGUCGGUCCGUAGGCCGCGCCCCCCCUUUGUCUUCCUGCGUGUGGGUGAUGUCGUCAUGGAGCGGAAUGGUCACAUGAUCGGGGUGAUCGUGAGCUGGGACCCGGAGCUCCGAGCCCCCCCAGAGUGGAUCAGCAGGAUGCAUCGCAAUGCUGAG